GUCAGGGGCGGGGGGCUUUAUCAUUCAUACUGCGGCUGCGCAGCGCCAAGGCGCCUGUAGGACGAGUUCUGUCAGCCUGUCAAGUCGAGGUUCUUUCUGUUCUUGGGUGAACCUGGAAGAUCGCCUUAAAUCUACGGCACGUGUCGGGCUCUUGAAGAAGAGUUUUGCUGGGCGUUGCCACGCUGGGUAGGGCCAACCUCUGACCUUUUCCCGUCAUCUUAAAGCGGGACGCUCAUCGCACUCGGCCUGCCAGUCAACCCUCAAUCUUCUCGGCACCUCAGCUCCAGAAUUACAUGAUAUGAGUGCCUGACUCCUGGGUAUAACCCCAGCAACUGGGAGAUCAAGACAGGAAGGGCAGAAGUUGAUGGUCAUCUCUGUCUACAGAGUGGGUUACAGGAUAGCCUGGGUUAUGUAAGAUAUUUUCUCAACAAACUCAAACCACGAAAACCUAACAAGGAACAGAAUGAGGACAGAAGCAAACCAAGGCGAAAGUUUGAGAAACACUGAAGGAUCCAAUGUGGGACGGAGUAGGAAGCGGGCAGGACAAAGGCCCUCAGGUUCUACUGGAAGCUCAUGGACCGACUCUGAAAUCAGGGUCUUUCUGCUGGAAUGGGAAGUAGUUGAACAGGAAAUGGGCCAUCCGGGCAGGAAGAUCCACAAGAAGACCAGGGCUCUUUGCAGACGCCUCUAUCAGCAGGGCCUGAGGAAGAGCUGGGAAAGCUGUUUCGACCUGCUGCUGAGCCUGCGGGAUCUACACAGGACGCUCUGUAAUGAGAGACCAGGGAUUGAACCUUUAUUUUCUCCUUAUGCAGAAGCUCUGUACAGGAUCCUGGGCUCCAGUCCCCAGGGAAGCCAUGUCCCAGGUCCUCUCGACGAUGGGGCUGGUAACCCUUCACUUUCCAUGUACCCUCAAACUCCCAGGAACCAGCCUUGGGAUUAUGGUGUUGCUGCUCCUUCUGCACAGCUUCAAGGGAAUUCACUACCAAUGAUGUCACAGGAGGACUCCCUGUUUCCAAGAGGGGAGCACUGGAACCCCAGCCAUUCAAUGUCAGCUCCAAACUUACUUCCUAACUUUGCCCCAGGAGACCCUAGCUUCCAGCAGCCAUGGCCCACCGCUGAAUAACACCCAGAUCCUCAAUGAAGAUAAGCGGCCUUUCUUUGUUUAUAUUCCGAAAACCUGGGAUUGUGAACCUUGUGGGUGUGGGCUUAUUUCUCUACCUCAUAAGGGAAAAAUGUGGAGUUAAAUAAAGGUCCUUAUAGUAACUCUC